GAAAUCAGUUAUAACUUUAGGUACUCGUCUUAGAAACAGGAACUACUGCACAAUUACCCAAUACUUGUAAGGUUUCCAGCUAAAUGUGAUACAAGACGGCCGCAGGACUUCACAUAUUAUAACGGCAGAGCUUCGGUGGAGAGGCUGGUGGCUCAGGAUGUCACGGAUUCCACUCUCUCUACUCUUCAUCUUCAUGCUGACGGAUCUGGUUUACAAUGAGGAACCUUUCCAUUUCAUGUAUCCUAUCAACAACAUUGCAGUUGGGGGAAAAUAUGUCAUAGUUGCCACUGAGAAUUGUCUGUACCAAUUUACUUACACUCUGCGUUGGCUAAAAACAACUGGACCGCAGGGGAACAAUGACACAAUCUGCAUGAGAGAUCAAAAGCGUGACCACAAUACGACUUAUAACAAAAUCUUACUUGUCUACAAUGACACUGUGCUGACGUGCUGGAAUAAGAAAGAAGGAUUCUGUAGGGAUCUACAUAUCGACAACUUAAAGCCUGCAGGAGAAAUUGUAACAGGUGUGGUGCCCCAGGACCCAAAGCAUCCUGCUAGAGGUUUAAUAUUCUUUGCAGAACAGUCCAUCAACUUAUUUGUCGCAACAUUUCCUAAUAAAGAGUUAAGAACAAUCAUUUUAAGAACAAAAGAUAUUAAUGGCACGUUUAUAAUUGAUAAUGAAGCACUUUCUGUUUUAUUGAAGGCUAGAGCACCAGAUCUGAACUAUGUUGAUGCAUUCCACUGGAAGAACAUGUUCAUCUUCCCUUAUUACCCGUCUGUUGGUGGCAGUCCCAGGGUUGUCGUGUUACAUGCAGAUACAACGACUGUCACAUUUCAUACCCAGUCCAAUCUCAUAUGUGGGAGCAACCCACAAAGAAAAAUCAUCUUAUCUUCAUUUGCAUUUGAGUCUUCAGAAGGUCUCCUCUGGGCAGGAAUAUUUACUACAAACAACACAGCGUCCAUAGACAGAACCGCAUUAUGCAUUUUUAAUUUCACUGUCCUGAAGACACGAACCAGAACAUGUAUCAAUGAAGACUUUGACUUUAACUAUAACAGUUAUAAUUGUAGAAAUUUUAGUGAUAUCAUGCCAAUACAUCGAACUCCAAUACUCACCCAUGGAGACCUAACUGGUGUGCACGUAAAAGAAGUGGAAAAGAGACUAGUAUUCUUUCUUGGGACUGGAAAUGGAAAAUUACUUAAGACUCAGGUUACUUUAAACUCAAAUUACACUGCAAACUGCCCAGAAGUAUUGUACACAUUUACAAAUGAAGCUCCGGUAUUCCAUACCAUUCCCAUGGACCCUGUUGACAUAAACUAUCUAUAUGUUGCCACUGUUAAAGAAAUAAAACGUCUGAAGAUUGCAAAUUGUGAACAACGUAAAUCAUGUAAUGAUUGCUUAUCAGCAAAUGAUCCACAUUGUGGAUGGUGUCCUUCAGAGAGCAGGUGUACCAUGAAGACUGAAUGUGGAGCAUCCACAGCACUGGGGAAAUGGAUAGGAAUUUCAGAGGAAUUUGGAAAAUGCCUAAAAAUUAAAGCUUUUCCCAAAAAUGGAAAGAUUGCAGUAAGCAUUGAGAAAAACCCUUCACUGUUUGAUCGCAAUGCGCCCUGGAAUUGUGAAAUUAUAAAUAAAGACACAGGAGAAACCCUUUGCUCAGGCAAAAGUGAGGCUCCAUCUUUGAACUGUUCCUGCCAGUUAUCUGCACAGAAAACAUAUGAAACAGCCACAUUAACUGCCGCAGCAAAGAGUGGAAGCACAGCUAUCUCAGCACAGUUCCAGUUUCAAAAGUGCUCACAGUACACCGAAUUCAGUUGCUUGGAUUGCAUAUCAAGUGGUUGCCUAUGGUGCACCAAAACAUCUAAGUGUACAUCCCCACUGAGUCAAUGUGAAAAUAAUGAUUAUGUAGAUGAGAACAAAUGCAGAUUGAUUGAAGAAAAUGCAGCACAGGGAUCUUCAUCUAAUGUCACCAUUGAGUUUGUAGAAGUUGACAGGCUUCUUUCAGUGGGAAAGAAAAAUGUCCUCAUUGGUGGUAAAAAUUUUCAGGGGCUAUCAAGGGUCUAUUUAUUUGGUACCAGCAGCUGCAAACCUCAGGUAUUGAAAGUUUCCCGUCACAUAAAUAGCACACAUGCCGAGAUCACUCUGCCGGAAAGUCAAAAUGAAGUCAAGAGACUUUGUGUAGAUUUUCAUGGAAAUUGUUACAACAAAAGUAUUUCAUAUGAAUCAGCGUCAUGUUCUGCCAUUGCUCCAAAUAAUACCUGGCUCAGUGGUGGUCGAAAACUCAGGAUAUCUGGUAGAAAUCUGGACUUAAUAGAUGGUAUCACCAUUUCAAAGAACGUGAUUCUAAAAAACAGGAGUGAGUGCUUAGGAGAUUCAUCUCACUGCUAUUUUAUAGCUCCAAAAAUAGGUGAAUCUGCACAGACUUACCAUGUGAAACUAGCCAUUCAAGAAAGUACUGCGACGUGUGGAGAAAUCAUUUACAAGGAGGACCCUACUUUCAUAAAAUUCGUUACACUAAAUAAAAAUGAUAAUGAGAUUGAAGUCAUAAUAGAGAAAACAGAGGAUGAACUGGAAAUCCAGGCUCAUGAAAUCGAAGUCCAAAUACAUUACAUCGAAGAGGUACCAAGCUGGAACUCAUGUAAUAUAACAGCUAUCAAUCAGAAAUCAAUACAUUGUAAAGCAAGGAAGGUUUCAAAAAAAAAAUUUAAUUCUGAAGAAAUAUGGAUUGAGGUUAUAUUAGGCAACUUUAAAACGGAAAUAAAAGCACUCAACCCAAGCACUGCUCCAUAUUAUUUCAUCUUCCUGGUUAUUCCGCUUCUUGUAAUUGUAGUUAUUGCUGCCAUUUUCAUCACAAGACACAAAUCCAAAAAACUGAGCCAGAAACUGAGCAAAGAGCUUGAAGAACUGGAGUGUGAAAUAAGGAAAGAGAUUCGUGAAGGUUUUGCAGAACUCCAGACAGAUAAAGAAGUUGUGACCGUGGAAUCAAUAGGGACCAUUCCAUUCUUUGACUACAGACAUUUUGCUUUAAACACUUUAUUUCCUGAGGUUGACAAAACUAAACAAGAUUUAUGUGAAAAACUAUGUGAAAAUAUUCCAUCACCAUUCCAAACCAGAAAGUCAACUCAAGAUGAGGAAAUAGUAAAUACUCUGAAGACAUUAUUCGAGAAUCAAAAUUUCCUGGUUCUACUCAUCCACACCUUGGAAAAACAGACUGAUUUCUCAAUCAAGGAUCGAUGUAUGUUUGCAUCCUUCCUGACCAUUAACUUUCAGAGUAAUCUACUCUAUCUCACUGGGCUACUUGAAAGACUGAUUAAAGAUCUCAUUGAGCAAUCAAGUAACAAACAGCCAAAGUUGAUGCUAAGACGAACAGAGACAGUUGUUGAAAAGCUAUUGACCAACUGGAUGUCUACUUGUCUGUAUGGCUUUCUGAGAGAAUCUGUGGGAGAACCAUUGUACAGUUUGGUUUCUACAUUAAAUCAGAGGAUUCACAGAGGCCCAAUAGAUGCAGUAACAUGUAAAGCUCUCUACACUUUGAGUGAAGACUGGUUGUUGUGGCAGAUAACAGAAUUUAGUAGUGUGGAGCUAAAUGUCCAUUUUCCAAAAACAUCAGAACACGAAGACGAAGAUACCAGUCAAUAUCUUAUAGUAACAGUUUUAGAUUGUGAUACAAUUGGACAAGUGAAAGAAAAAAUUCUUCAAUCUUUCAAGAUUAAUAAAGGAUAUUGUUUUGAACAUCCACUUUGUGAUAUUGGUUUAGAGCUUCACCACGGUCAGACAUUUAAGGAGCUCUCAGACAUAGAUUCUUCUAAUGUAGUGAUGGACGGUAACAUUAAAAAGUUAAACACCAUAAAACAUUAUCAGAUUGAUAAUGGUGCAACAAUUAAACUCAUUGUGAAAAAAAAUGGUGACCUACCAGAUAUGGAAUAUUCCAGGGACCAUUAUUGUCAUUUGGAAAUGCCUGAAUCUGGGGAAAUAGAACUACAUAAUCAUGAAAACAGAGGCAAACACAAGUUUAAAGUAAAGGAAUUAUAUUUGACAAAGCUGCUUUCCACAAAGGUUGCUGUACAUUCUGCUGUAGAGAAGCUGUUUAGAAGCAUUUGGACAGUCCCUCACAAUAAGCCUCCGUUAGCCAUAAAAUACUUUUUUGAUUUCUUGGAUGCCCAAGUAACAAUAAAAAAAAUCACUGAUCCUGAUGUGGUACAUAUUUGGAAGACAAAUAGUCUUCCUCUGCGGUUUUGGAUUAAUAUAUUGAAAAAUCCACAAUUUGUCUUGGACAUAAAAAAGACAGCUCUUCUGGACAUCUGCUUGUCAGUGAUUGCUCAGGCUUUCAUGGAUGGAUUUUCUCUUGCAGAGCAUCAAUUAGGAACGUCAGCUCCAACUAACAAGCUCCUUUAUGCAAAAGACAUCCCUUUGUUCAAAGAAGAAGUUAAAGCUUACUAUAAAGAAAUUCGAGAUACUCCUACAUUAUCCUCCACAGAGUUGACUGACUUCUUGACUUCAGAGUCAAAGAAACAUGAGAAUGAAUUUAAAGACGAUGUGGCUGUGAAGGAACUUUUUAAGUAUAUUGAGAAAUACUUUGAUGUGAUUAUAAGCACCCUGGAGAAGGAGACUGGCUUUGACUCAGAAGUGAAGGAGUUGCAGAAGCUGAAAAAAAUACUUGCAGACAAAAAUAAAUGUGCGUGGGAAUAGUGACGCCACAAGUAUAUGCAGCAUUGAUCCUUAAUCUACAUGGACAGAUGAAAGUCUGGCUUUUAGAUCUGAAGAUUUUAUAUAUAUAUAUAUAUAUAUAUACAUACAUUUUGAAAUAUAUGCUGCUUACUUCAUAUUGUGAACACUGCUUUACAAUUAAGUUAUCGUUUCUAUUUUCCUGGAAAUCUUGAAUAACAAAAUGUUAUUAUAAAUGUAAUAUUGUAAAU